CAUAAGCAGCGCUGGCUUGCCCUGGGUGUGUUUACAAACCGCGGUACGCGUUACUAUUUUUUAUUUAUUUAUUUUCGUAUUUGUCUCUGACUUGAACAGCUCAGAAGCUGUAAGACCAUGCCUAUAGCGUGUUCAGCCCUGGGGUGCACAAACCGGUUCGUGAAAGGCUCCGAGAUCCGCUUCUACAGAUUCCCAAUCAGCAAGCCACAGUUAGCUGAGCAGUGGGUGCGAAGCCUCGGCCGAAAAAACUUUGUCCCGACUACCAACUCGUGUCUGUGCUCAGAGCACUUCCUGCCCGAUUGCUUCCGUGAUUACAACGGCAAACAGUUCCUGAGGGAAGAUGCUGUCCCUACCAUUUUCGCACACUCCCGGGAGGGGGCAGAUGGCACAAAGAUCGAAUUACGAAAGAACCGUGGAGGACUUGUGAUGAAAGAGGAAUCUCGUUCUGGUUCAAUUUCUGAUGGAGGCAAGCAGCAGUUCACCAAGGACAGGAGACAAGUCUCAAAGGAUAGUGGCCAAAAGGUAAAAACAGGAAAUGAUGCGUUCAAGCGACGUGGAGGGGCUAAAGUUCCAUCCAGUGACAGGCAGGUCAUGACCGCUAAGAGCAAGGUGUACGACAGCCGAGGUCUGUUGAUCUCCUGCGGCAGAGACCUGUGCGACUGCUUGGAUGUAGACUGCAUGGGCUGCUUCUACCCCUGUCCCGAAUGCAGCUCCCGCAAGUGUGGCGUCGAGUGCCGCUGCAACAGGAAGUGGCUGUAUGAGCAGGUCGAAGUGGAGGGAGGCGAGAUCAUCCGGAACAAGUUCGCAAGCUAACUGGCGAGGAAAAGAAAAGAAAAAAAACAUUGUUUGAGUGUUUGGGGUUCAAUGCAUGGGUUAGUUGGCUUGUGGUAUAAAUGUAAAGCCCAUCAGUUUUGUACUAGUGUUCAUCUAGUCAAUAUAAAUAGUAAAGGAAAACAGAGACUGAAGUGGUCAAGCGGUUAUCCAGAGACAUUGUUGGAUUUUGGGUUUGACUUCUGGGGAGGUUUCUGUGUCAACAAUCAGCCAACAAUCUGAAGAAAUGAAAGAACAUUGAUACUCCGCAGUUGUGAAUCGAACACUGUGAUUGGGAAUUUUUUUUUAAUUUAAGGACUUUCUGUUACUUUCUGUGAUAAACUGAAAGAUUUACAUAAUGCUUCACCAGGCUUACUUUUAUCACUUUCACUUUAAGAGAUUUCAUAACCUGACUGAUGGUUCUUUUAAAAUCUUUAAAGUUAAACAAGCGCUGUCCUCGUGUUGUGAAUCUGAUUCCGGUUUUGUGCGCUCGUCAGAAGCCCAGGCUUGUGCUACAUGGUGUUUACUUUACAGUCCUGCUGCGUUUUAUUGCUUUCCAUCAUAGCUCCAUUACGUUAAUAAACUUUCAACUUCAUUGUUAAUAAACUUUCAGUAAGAUGCUACAUAUAAUGCCAAAUUUUUGUGACUUCUCUUAUGCAGUCCCUUGCCUCGGUGAUGCAGAACUUCAUGGGUUGUUCGUGUUAGCUGUUGUGUUGAACCGUGUGUGUUUAGGGAACCCUGAGGUGUUUCCUGCAGUGUUAUUAAAGGAAUACUCAUUCAUUUUAAGUCUCUGAGUACUGCAUAUGUAGUGUACGUGUGAUUACAAUGGACAAAAAUCUAACUGCACUAUUUUCUUGCACUAAGAAAAGAAAGGGAAUUAUUAUUAUCACCCAAAAUAUAUUCCAUUUUUUAAGGUGUCAAUGAAUGUUUUUGAUGCAAAACAUUUAUUAUUGUAGUGCUCAAACAUCUGUAUAAUUUCCCAAUUAAGUUGCGGGACUACUUUUGAUUUUGUCAAUGCAAACAAGGCAAACUCUUCAUGCAAGUGCAUAGAACUGCUUUUUCCUGCUUUAAUCACGUUUCAGCAGCUAAAACAAAAAAUAAAUCUAAAAACAGUUUUACUAAGACUUUUCCUUGGGUUUGUUUAAUUUUAACACUUUCGUUCUUAUAAUUGAAAUUUAGGUUGAAGCUGUAUGUUAUGAUGGGAUUAUUGACUGCUUUCUCCAACUUCCAUUAAAUGUUCUUAAUUAUAAUGUUUAUAUAUAUUUCUUCAUUACACAGGGACAUCUCUUUUGUGUCUGUGGAAAUCAUAUCCACCACAGAUACCUUUUUUUUUUUUUCAUUUUAUUUUUGAGUAUCCUUUUAAUAACAUACAUUAUCACGUUUUUUCCCUACUUUAUUUGUUGAUUAAAGGUUUGUUAUGAA